GGAUGAUAUUCUCCCUAACGAUACCAAAGUGUGGAGGAGGUGGAAGACGACCAUUUUGUCAAGAAUAGAGCAGGAAUACGAAAUGAAUUUUGAAUCGGCCGAUUGGCAUGAUGAAAGUUUUGACGAACAGGAGAACACUCUCUUGAAGACCCUCAUCAAUGACGCCCAGGCUGCCUAUCAUGGGUAC